AUGAAGAUCAAGAUGUAUUUCCCAUUUUCAACAUAAAUAGAAUUUUGUAGAAGACGAUGCAGCUUGAGUUCAUUAAAGAGGAGCAUUACACAUGGCUUAGGAUCGUGAAAGGAAAUACUCUGCUCAAAGAAUCCGCCUCUGCACCAGGACUGCUCCCAAUUAUUUAAGACCUAUCAGUGGUAUCUCCUACAAGAGUAAACAAUUAACUCAAUUUCUUUUAUUUUUUGAGUGGUACCUAUGCAAAACCUCUCUAAAUAUUAUCUAUCAAGAGCUAAGGAGAAAGAAAAAGAAAUGCCUAUAAAAAUAGGAGAAGCCAAUGA